GAAGCUUUGAAAAAGAAAAACAAUUGUUGAUCCAAACACUGUAUAUAAACCCGACUAUUGAAAAGGAAGUUUCUUUGAAAAUAAAAAAGAAGCAAAAAAGAAAAAGAAAAGAAACAAGAAGAAGAGUGAAGAGGGAGCAACUCUUUAUCUUCUUCAUUUUUUUUUUCAUUAGCUGUCGCUUUAAAGGUCGCUGCUUGGUGCUUUGCGAAGGCAAAAAAAAAAGGUCCUAAACUAUAGCCGCAGCAACAGCAACAACAACAACGCCAGCUGCUGCUGUUUUCAUCAAUUUAUAAUAUUUUCGAUUCCUUAAAAGAAAACCCUUUUUUUUAUUGCUGCCUUUUUAGCCGUGAUGGGUUGUACAGGAUCCAAGCGAACCAGGGGUGACGAAAAUGUGAAGAAAAUCAGGAAACCAAAACCUUGGAAACAUUCCGAACCGAUUACGAGGACACAACUUAAGCAGAUGCGUGAUGAAUUUUGGGAUACAGCUCCUCACUACGGUGGCCAGAGAGAGAUAUGGGAUGCUCUUCGAGUUGCGGCAGAAUCUGAGCUAACCCACGCUCAAGCAAUUAUCAAUAGUGCAGGGGUGAUUGUCCAGAACGACGAUCUAACAAUUUGCUACGAUGAAAGAGGUGCCAAGUAUGAACUACCAAAGUAUGUAUUGAGCGAGCCGAUCAAUAUGAUUCACGAGAACUGACGAGAGAAACCGGAAAAAAAGGGUACAGAAAUUCAUUUAGACUGUAAAUUAAGGUCAUUAUCCUCUGGUUAAAAUCCACAUUUGUGUACACAAUAUAGUAGUUAGUGCCAGUAAAAGGUUUCAGCUAUGUCUUGAACCUUGUGGGCUUCAAGUAAAAACAGUUUUUUUUUUUAUGCUAAAGGAGACAAUAAGAGAAUAUAAGUACAUUUUAUGGUGUAUUAUGAAUUCAAAUAUUUCAUUUUAAAAGCUACAGAUUUUAUUUUUA